GAUUUGCACUUGUCGUUGACGGGAGAAAAUGGACUUACGCGCAAUCGAUUUUUGACCGUCGCGAAUAUCAGUCCACGCCAAUACAGUCUUCAAAGCUUUCGAACAAUUUAUAAAAUCCCUGUGGAAAAAACGAGUUGUCGAUUAUAUCCCACCGUUUUCUCAAAGUUCAACAAAGGCUAAUUGUACGUUCAUCGGUGAAGGGAGAGUGGAGCAUUCUGAAAACUGAAGUCGACGGAAGAAACUGACAAUGAAUUCCUUCUUCGCGUGCAGUUACUUGUGGACACUGAUAUCUGCCGAUAGACGUAUGAAGGUAUGUGGUUUUUUAUUGACCACUCGUGCGGCGGCUACAAUGGAAAGCUUUGCGACAGGUGUCCGAAGUAGCGAGCGAUGUGGGGUCCAAAAGUAAACUGACCAAUGAAAAUAAUCCGCCACUUUACACCGUGUCGUUAAGAUGGGAUGGCAUGCGGUAUACCGGGGACAGGCAGACCUAGUGAAUCGGUGAACCGAAAAAAAUCGCCACACCGAGUUAUUUCGUCGACAAAGUGUAAAGGACCGUGCUCUUUGUCGGGUGUUCAAAAAAUGUGCACUACCGUAAGAAAAGAGGUAUUAUUGCAGCGAAUAUCCAACUUCACUACGGAGGAGGUCGUGGCUUUGUUGCUAAAGAACAAAUUGGUCGAAUGCUGCGACGCCGUCCGCAAGCGAAAAAUCAGUGGAGAACAAUUUUUGCGUUUGAGGGAGGACAAUUUAAUUCUGUGGGAGAGGGAUCUUCGGACUACGUUGCGUUGGAGUUUAUCUCGGUUCAUUGAGGACGUCAACAAUAAUCCUGAGCAUUAUCUUUACUUUGACGAAUCUGCGGACACACCGUCAUCUUCCUCGCAUUCGGUUGAUUCUGACGAGUUGUACAGCGACCAUUCCGAUGAAUGGGAUACGGAAUUUGACGAAGAGGAAACUUACGACCCUUCCCUGGUAAACCGAAGAAAAAAAUCAUCGGUAUCGUACAGCGAAGAUAAUUCGUCGAAUAAUUGCGUCGAGUCCGAUCAGGAGAGCGACGAAAUGGAAGAAAUCUAUACGAACAAUAAUGUAUCGGCCGAACUCUACCGACACGAAGGUACGGUUAACAGGGAUCGGUAUAAUCCAGGUACGUCACAGCGAUCAGCUGAGAAUUCAGAGGAGAAUAUUUAUCAGAACGGUGCCGGUAGGAUCGAAAGUGUUGGACCGUCACCGAACGGACCCACGACUGCAAACGUUAUAAAUUCAAAUGACCCAAAGGAAUCGAGCUUAGUUGCACAACUUCUAGAGGGAUUGAAGCAAAAAGGACUCGGUCAAAAAUCGCCCAUGGGUCCUAAACCGCGGACAGGUCCAAAACCACCGACAGGCCCGAAGCCGCCGACGGGUCCGAAACCGGCAUUAACUUCGUUGAAAAGACCGCCGAUCUGCAACAGGAAAGAGGCGUUACUCCCGGUUGCAGAUCGUUCGAGAGAGCGCCCGGUUCCCGUUUCAAAAUCACCAAAUUCGACGACGAUUGCAACAGAAACUUCGAAAACGGCGAAAAGUAUAAACAGGCCAAAAGUAACGCAGACUUUGAGUCCCAAUUUUAUCCAGUCUCUCGGGACGAUCAAUUCAAAACCACCGAGCUUUCGUCAACCGAUACCUUUGAUACAAAAGCAAAUUCCAACAAUUCCACCUCCGCUGCUUGAUAAUUCGCAUCGAAAAUCACCGACAAAUCUUCCAAAGCCACCGGCAUCGCCGAUGGAAAAUUUCAGACCCUUACCCGACGAUGGAAAUGACAGCGACGACGACAUCUACGAGCCAGUUGACUCCCAGUUGAGAGUCGCUUCCAUGGAAGAUCGGUUAAACCCACGAUUACAGCGAUUGAAUAGCUCGCAUAGUAUAGAAAACGGAAAUUUCACAGGAUCCGUGGAAAACGUUUACCGAGCAAGCAGCGAAAGCAGUCACGAAGAGUCGUACGACAACGAAUCCGAAUACGAGAUCAUCAACGAAGCAAAAGUCCCACAGGAUCAAGUGGAUGACGUGUAUUUAAAGCCCUUGGUACAUCGAUCGUUGACAAAAUCGCCAAGACUCGUGGGCCGGAAACCACAUAACCCGCCGCUCCGUUUUCCAGAACGAUCACCGAACCCAAAAUCCGCAACUCUGCCCCAUUCUGGAACUCAAGGGACUACAAGUGGAAGUCAUGGAAAAGUAAUUCGACCCCUUCCACCUCCGCCAAAUCCUCAAAGACUCGACAGAGCCCAUCAACAACAAUCUGUUUCGACCAGAAAUGAUUCGAUUGAUGGCAAAUCGUACAAAAAUAAACCAUGGUAUCACAACAUCAGCAGAGAAGAAGCCAUCGCCCUGAUCGAAGGAGCGAGUUCGACGCGACCUUCGCCGCCCGAUGGAUACUUUCUCGUACGACCAUCCAGUGCAAACAAUGACAAUCCUUUGGUACUCGUGGUUUACUACCGAAUAAGAGCGUACAAUAUUCCAGUACGAAGAAGAUCCGACAACCGCUACGCCCUGGGUACGCCAAGACCCGACGAGUUUGCAUUUGCAUCGGUUGAAGAAAUGAUCAAUUUUCACUCAAUGGAAGAAAUUUCUAUACAAAGCAAAGGAGUCUCAGUUGGACAUUGUCGACUCACAAAAACACCGUUUAGAACUAACGAAUCCUAGAUGUAAUUUCACUUGUACGACAAGGAGAAUAUUAGCUUCUAAUCAUUCGUUCAAGUACAAUGUAAUCUACAUUUUUUUCGGUCUUUUGUCAAUGUUCAUAAAUUAGUCGAGCCACAAUGAAACGUCAAAUAUCCAAAGAUAUAAUACACGAUAUGCAUAACAAUAAAGUAUACAUGUCUAGUUGGGAAAACGAACAAUCUCACUAGAUGUUAUUUGUAAUCAAGACUGAAGAUGAUGACUGAUUUCAUGGUUGCAGUUCAAUCGCCUCGUUCAAUGCUGGUACGCAUUAUUCAAUUUUUCAUCAUAAAUAAGUAACGUGGGUAAUGUAAGACCUACAUUAUUAUACCUGUAUACAUAGUAUGUAUGUAUGUAUUUGUAUAUUAUCUCUGUCAAAGAUUGUACAUCAAAAGACCGUGCCUCUUUCAUAUUUCAAUGUUAAAUGUUCCAAAGCGUUGAAAUUCAAAAUAUGAUAUGCGUUUACAAAACAAUUUUAUUACGAUGCUAUUUAAUGUAAUCAUGUGUACGUCAAAUAAAAUAAGUGCGGUACCUAGAUA